ACUACGUUGACUAAUCCCAUAGAACCACUACUUCUCUCUCCUUCUCCUUCCGUCCCUCUCUCUCUUCCCCUCCCUCCAUUCUCUUCUGUGUGUCCUUGCACUCUUUCGUAGGAGACAUUGUGGUACACAUUUUUUCUGCAGUUGGUGUCUCACAUGCUGUAUUUCCAACACAAACCCAUGCACAGGCUAGCUAGUUAUUCAAUACUCCAUGUUAUGCAGCUUUUUCGACUGUGAAUGCUUUCCUACUUUCCCAAGAUUCAAGCAGCAUCAACACUGUGUUAAUCGUGUCUUGUUUCGUAUGACAGGAGCUGGCACAGGAGGCAAAAAAAUCUGAAGCCCAAUGUAAGGCAGUGAGGGUGAGGACACUAAUUAUAUAAAUUGAAUGGAUUGCAGAGUUAUAUGCCGAGAAAAAAGAAGAUGAAGGGGCCAUUUAGAUGAAUGAUUUGGUUUUCAGUUUCUUUACUUCUUGAGAAACUUGUUCAGCGUUUCUGCUUCAGAUACUUCUUCUGUGGUUUUCUUCCUUACCAGUACUUAAAUCAACAAACAAGGUAUACGAAAUUCUGGUUUGCUUGCAGGCUUUGAAGUAGAGGCUUUUAUCAGACCAUUGGUUUAUACAGAUCAGACCAAAGAACAAUGAAGUUUAUGAAACUUGGGACAAGGCCAGACACCUUCUACACUGAACAAGCCACCAGGACUCUGAUUUCGGAUAUACCCUCAGACCUUGCAGUACAAGUAAAUGAUAUCACUUAUCUUCUGCACAAGUCUUUACUUCUUCCAAAAUGUGGCUUCCUACAAAGGCUUUGCUCCAAUAGUUCUAAUGAUUCUGGGGAUGUUUCACUAAAGCUUCAUGAUAUUCCUGGAGGGGAAGAUGCUUUUGAGCUAUGUGCAAAGUAUUGCUAUGGAAUUUCAAUCAAUAUCAGUGCUUUUAACUUCGUUCCUGCAUUUUGUGCUGCUAAGUUCCUGCAAAUGAAUGACUUGGUUGAGAAGGGAAACUUGGUGGGAAAACUCGAGGCUUUCUUCAACUCUUGCAUUCUUGAAGGCUGGAAAGACUCCAUCGUUACACUUCAGGCUACUUUCAAGUUACCAGAGUGGGCUGAGAAUCUAGGCGUAGUCAGAAAAUGCAUCGAUUCAAUUAUUGAGAAAGUUCUCACACCCCCACCACAGGUCAGAUGGUCCUUCACUUACACCAGGCCUGGUUAUGCCAAGAAACAGCACCAUUCUGUCCCCAAAGAUUGGUGGACUGAGGAUGUUUCCGACCUUGACAUAGACCUUUUUCGAUGUAUAAUCAUGGCUCUGAGAGCCACUUAUCUUCUCCUGCCUCAGCUCAUAGGAGAAGCUCUUCAUGUCUAUGCCAGCCGGUGGCUACCAGGAACCACAAAGCUCAGAACAUCAAGCAGCUCAGCUUCUCAAACAGAAGAAUCCAAGGCAAAAAACAGAAAAAUUCUUGAAACUAUUGUGACCAUGAUUCCUGCAGAUAAAGGAUCAGUUUCAGUUGGUUUCUUGCUUAGACUCCUCCAGAUUUCGAACCAUUUUGGGGUCUCCCACGUCACCAAGACAGAACUGAUUAGAAGAGCAAGCCUGCAAUUCGAUGAAGCAUCUGUGGAUGACUUGCUUUGUGCUUCAGCAUCAUCAAUGGAUUUGGUUUUAGCUGUGCUGGAAAGUUACUUGAAGAUUUGGAAAAGAAUGUCUCCUAACGCUGCAGAUAACAGCCACUUCUUAAGAUCAAUUAGAAGUGUUGGGAAGCUCAUUGAUUCGCAUCUUCAAGUGGUUGCAAGGGAUGAAAAUUUGCCUGUGUCAAAAUUUGUGGCUCUUGCUGAAGCUCUUCCGGACAUUGCAAGAUUACAGCAUGAUGAUCUCUACCAUGCAAUAAAUAUCUAUCUUAAGGAGCACGCUGAGAUGAGCAAGGCAGACAAGAAGCGGCUAUGUCGGAUUCUGGACUGUGAAAAGCUGUCAGCAGAAGCUCGUGCUCAUGCAGUGAAAAACGAGCUUCUUCCAUUAAGAACUGUUGUCCAGCUUCUCUACUUUGAGCAAGAGAAAAAAUCAUCCCCGAAUCAUCAUCAUCGUCAUCAUAAUAAUUAUAAUGCUGCCACCAGCAGUCACAGUCACAGUAACAGUACUGCCACUUAUAAGGUCUUGAAAAGUCCACUUGAGCCUUCUGGAUCAGAAGCCAAACACAGACCCAGAACCACCAAUAUUGUUCCUGAGAGUAAUAAACACAGAUUGGCUAUGGAAUUUGAGAGAAAGAUGAUCGUGAGAGGAGGGGAGGCUGAGGAGAUUGGUUCUGAUAUGGGAACAGGAGGAUGCAGGUUGGGUUUGGAUCCUAGGAAGAUCAUGAGAAGAGCAAGAAGUGACACUGAUUAUGCCCAUAAAAAAAGGUAGAUUGAAGUUCAUUGAUUAUUGAUGGGGUAUACUUAUAGUUGAUGAUGAUAAGGUAUUCAAGCUUUGUUUUUUUGUUUUUGUUUUUUUAAAGAUUCUUAGUCAGACAUGAUCAUGUCAAGAAACAGGUCGAGAUUUUUUCAAGCUUAAGCAUAAGUAUAUACUCAUUUCAAAUAAAUCUUCAUCGUUUAUUUAAUCUAGACGGUUGAUUUUUUUAAAUGAAA